AUGAGUGUGAACGAUGUGGAAGUAACAUUCACUAUUUAUCGUGGUGGGUAUUGGACUAGCAAUGGUGGGGAAGAUGCUUAUAUUGGUGGUGAGAUGUCAAUCUUCGAUUGUAAGGCUGAAAACUUUUAUGCGACGAUGGGAAAUCGUUAUGGAGAGAAGAUUGUUGACUACCACAACACUCCUCCUAACUCUGAUGAUGAAGGUGGUGAGGAGAGUCAUGUGAGAUGCAAGGCAGGAAGUGGUGAAUUAAAGAUGCAUCAAGUGUUUGACAGCUUGGAAGAGUUCAAAGAUGCUUUAGUAGAUUAUGCCUUGAAGAAUAGGUGUAAUAUUAAGUUAAACCGAUGGGGAAAAGAAAAGUGUGAAGCAGUUUGUGGUGUAAAAGAGAGUGAGAUCCCUUGUGGAUGGAGGAUCUACUGCUCCUAUGAAGAGUGUAUUGGAAAGUACAAGGUGAAAUCGUUUGAAGAUGAACAUGUUUGCACUCCAGAUGGAUAUUGCAAGAUCUUGAAAUCAAGAGUACUUGCGAAGAUGUUUCUCGAUGAUGUUAGGUCUGAUCCUGAGUUUAAACCGAAGACAAUGGAAGAGGAGAUUAUGAAGAACUACAAUAUGAUUGUCUCAAGAGACAAGUGUAGAAAAGGAAAGAAGAAAUCAUUAGAUAUCAUUAAAAAGGAGCAUGAGAAACAGUUUUUUAGGCUUCGAGACUACCGCACAGAGCUGAUACGGAUCAGAAGUUUUCCACAGAUUUUAUGUGUGUUUCGCAAAUCUCGACAAUUAUUGGCAGCGGUUGGGAGAGAUGCAAACAAUGGAAUGUAUCUAUUUGCUUGGGCUAUUGUGGAUGUGGAGAAUGAAGAUAAUUGGGUUUGGUUUUUAAGAAACCUUAAAGCAGACUGUAAAAAUCUUGAGGAUGGUCAGGGGUUUACGGUUAUAUCUGAUAGGCAAAAGGGUUUGUUGAAUGCUGUUGAGAUCGAAUUGCCUAAGGUUGAACAAAGGAUGUGUGCAAGGCACAUUUAUGGGAAUCUUAAAAAGCAGUUUCCAUGUCAAAGUGAGAUGAAAGGGUUGUUUUGGAGAGUUGAUGAGAGUUACAUAAUGAUCGAAUAUGAGGCGAAUAUGGAAAGGGUUAAGGCUUAUGAUAUGCGGCUGUAUGAAGCAAUAAUGCAAAGGAAUUCACAGAACUGUAGUCUUGCCUUCUGCAAACCCACUUCAUCAUGUGUAGAUGUGCACAACAACUUGUCAGAAUCAUUCAACAAUGCAAUUGAUCCAUCAAGGUAUUUUCCAAUGGUUGAGAUGUUGGAGAUAAUCUGGCGAAGAACAAUGCAGCGAAUAGAAUUGAGGAUGAAGAAAGCAUGUCUCCACAAAGGUAGGUUGACAAAGAGAACUGCAACAUUCAUAGCCGAGGAGCAGAAAAGACUUAAAUUCACCAAGUAUGUAUCAGGUUUAGCAGUAGGUAAGUGUGAGGUUCUUGACUGUGGAAAGUCUGUCAGCUUACAUAUGGGAAUGUGGACUUGUGCUUGUCGUAAAUGGGAGAUGAGUGGACUCCCAUGUCGUCAUGCAUUACGAAUCAUUGCCGAGAAGAAGCUUAAUCAUGAGGAUUACUUAUCUAAAUGGUACUCAAAUGCGAUGUUAUCAAACCACCUGCUCAUUUGGUUGAAGAAAUUGAACAUUAAAGGAAGAAAACCGAAGCCAAAGAGGAAGAAGCCGAGGCAUGAAUCUCCAACAAAGAAAGCUACAAGGAAGAAUAAGAUUAUGCACUUUGGACGUUGUGGAGAAGCUGGUCAUAAUGUAACCAAGUGUAAGAAUAUGGUUCUGGAGAUGCAUAGGCCAAAGAGGAAGAAGACUCCAACCGAUGAUGGAUAUGAGUCACAAGCAUCUCAAUCACAAGCAUCUCAGUCACAAGGUCCAUCUCAGUCUCAAGGACCAACACAAUAA